UGUCGACUUCAUUGAGUCCGAUGCAAAGUAAAUGGCAUAAAAAUGAGGUGGAACAUGUUAAUUGGCUCAAGGGUUCUUCUCUGUCUCGGUCAGAUUCCGUCGUUAAUGGCGUAAUGGGAUCACGCGGGAGGGGAAGUCGACAUCGAUGGGAGGGGGGAGGGAGGGAGGAGGGUGAGAGGUCUGCGGGUUUGGUUUCGGGGCCUCCGUUUCUCCCCCUUGGAAUAUCCAAUUUUGGUCAUUCUGAGUUAUUUACGCAAAACUGUUUUUAUGCAGACGUCCCAGCGCCGGCUGGCUGCGUUUCCUUUCUCCGGCGGGUGCGGGGGAAAGUGCCUCUCUUUGGCCGCCCCCUUGACAUCGCCCAUGCAGUUAUUUGGCGGUCGGUAGCAGAAUGCACGCGUGAUAACAAGGCGGCGCUGCGCUGUCGCAGUAUGAUCCCGCCGUACUGUCGUACAUAGCUGUUGGUCCAUUUCGCUAGCUUGUGCUUCUAGUCUAUGCCCUAGACUUCUGUCUGUACGUCAGUGUGUUGCCACCGUCGGCAACUGCUUUUAGAAUAAUUGCUGCUACAGCUAAAACCUUUAUCGUGUGCAGGAGUUUUUUCUGCGACACCCUGGGGUUUUUUCUUUCUCCCAGAUUGUGUGUGACGUAUUUUCUGUCGUGUUGUUAUCAGUUUCUGCGCGCUCUUCCUGCCGUAUUUUUGGGCUGUACUGACUAAACAUAACUAAACCUAUUUUGAGAAACGCCCGAUGGGACUUGAUGGGACCUGGUUUUCGCUGUUUUGGUGUCUGCAGACUAAUAAAUUAAUCUAAGCCGCUUUUGUUGGACUGACGAGCCGUACCUGUAUCGUGCGGCAAGAAGCGUGUGCAAAAGCUGGGGCGAAGGUAUCGUCUGUACGGCACACAUAUAUCUGUAUAACCUCCCGUUUCGGUACAAGCGCCCUCAUAAUGUUCGCCAUUGCGGUGUCUUCUGUAGGUUUUGUAUGUAUGUAUGUAUGUAUGUAUGUAUGUACGUACGUAUGUAUGUAUGUAUGUAUGUAUGUAUGUAUGUAUGUAUGUAUGUAUGUAUGUAUGUAUGUAUGUAUGUAUGUAUGUAUGUAUGUAUGUAUGCGUGUAUGUAUGUGUGUAUGCAUGCAUAUUCGUGUCACACGAGAGCAGCGGUUCAUCUAUGGAUGCAAAUAGAGAUGUUGGCUAAUCUUUUUGCUUUUGCUUUCAGACGAGCUGGACGAGUGAGUUGGCGAGUUGCCAAAACAGGAUAUUCGGUUAACGAAUGUCCUUCUUAGCGGUUGGCGGUUAUGCUGAUUGUCGGUUGGAUUUGGGUGCAUAACGUAUAAAAGACAUGCAUCAAAGACAUACGGGUGCGGGCAUGAGGCAAGUUGGCUGGCUGGCUGGCAUUGUGGCUUGGCUAUGGCAUACGUUUGGCGGUUGGGAGUUGGGAGUUGUACGGUGCUGUUGGUUGUACGGGACCAAGAAGACGGACAACUGAUGCCGUGGCGCCACGUCGGACAGCAUAUGUACGGCAUGAGUUGCACGUGUUGCAGGCUUUGACGCGCGGCGCAUGAUAGUGUCGUACGCGCAUGUUUGGUGAACUCGCAGCUAGCUGCUGACGAGAGACGGUUCGAUCCGUGCGGUGCCCGUACGGAUUGUAUACGGCGGGUGAUGCGGAUAAUGAGCGAGGUGCAUUGCCGUACUGUUGCACGAUGCGGGUGGCAGGUUCUGCUGGCUUUGUUUCAACUUGACGUGUUCGCCGUGUUGGUUUCGGUCUGCACGGAAAGCUUCGCGUAGUUGGUGCUAGUUGGAAUUCAGGAGAGGUAAAAAGAUGAUUUGUCGGCAUUCAUGGUGUCACGUCGGGAAAGCUGCAAAAUGCCGACAGAUGCUGCCAACAUGGAACUGACGUGCCGUACAAGAGGAGUUUGGCAUCAGCCUGGUUUUGGUCUUUGAAAUUUGGUCGGAUGCAUUGGCUCAUAUUUUCGGAGACUGGGUUUUGGUCGCCAUGUCGAUGGUACUGAAGGAAGGAAGCGCCAUUUGCAAUGAACACAUGGCCACAUUGACCCUCUUCUCUUUGGCAGGCAGGGAGCUAAGAUGUCAGCUGGCUGUACGAAUGUACGGCCGCAAGAUCCUUCAUUGCGGUGCUUUGGUAAUAUGUGAGCUGCGAGACUUAUACGUCCUCCCCCGCCGACCAUGAUUGGUAUUCGCGCCCUGCACGUUAGCUGGUUCCUACAUCGCGCGCUCCGAUCCAAGGGAGAAUGAAGCCGCAGCUGAGCUGCAUUACUGCUUCAUUAUGGCUUUAGCUAAACGGAGCGAGGUGUUUAUCAAGGUUACGGCCUAUAUUGACCGCGAGCGAUUCUUGCUAUCGGAGCUGGCUGCGGCGCGAAAUCAGGUGGACAAGCUGUUGGACCAACAGCGCGUGCUGCUAGACAUGGUAGUACGCCUCUCUGGCCUACAAGUGAUACCUUCUGGUCAGACCUUGUCACAAGGAAGUUCCUUCCUUCAGGCAGCCAGUCGGAAUGCGGCUUCGGCUCCCUCUCCCUCUCCCGUGGCGCCGUCCGCCUCUACUCGUCCCACCCCAAAUAGCGCCUCCAGCAGUUCUCCAGAUGUACCAGCCUUUUCCUCGCUGGCUGAUCUCUUCAAGUCCGCCGCCGCCGCUGCGCCGCAUCCCGCCAGCGCUGCCGCCGCAGCCUCCAUCGCAGCAGCCGUUUCUGCAGUUGACACCGGGGACAUCCUGGCCAUCAACAAUUUCGACAUCCCAAAUCUGCCUCCGCCUCCGGCGCCCGCUUCGGCCUCAGCGGCGGCGACGUCGCCUGCACCGCCGUUACCACAGCCCUCCUUGCUGUUCGACACCAAGGGCGGGUUUACCGCUGUGACGGCGUCAGCGACGGCCUCAGUGUCGUACACGUCAACGACUACGGCAGCGGAGGCGGCGGAAGGUGAUCCGGCAGUGGCAGCGGUUGAUCUGCCCGUGGAGGUUGCGAAGGCAGCGCCCACGGACCCGCCACCAGAGCUGGUGCAGGGCGAUGACGACAUCUACUGGCUGUCCCGUCUGCACACGUGUCUGGAGCAGCGGGGCUUCUUCCCUGGGGAUGACGACAUGGAGAACUGGUUCUUCGGUGAGGGGACGCUCGCGGCAGUCCUGUCGUUCCAGGCUUCUGAGCGACUGCCGGAAACUGGAGUUGUGGAUCGCCCCACGUGGACGGCCCUGCUGGGGGUCGAGGUGGCAGAGGAGCUGUACGCCCGGGCGGCUGCGCUGUCGAACAGCGGCGUCGCCACAGCUACCACCGCCACCGCUGAACCUGCAUCGUCGCAACCAUCGCCAGCGUCGUCAGCGAGAAUUUCCACCACCACCACCAGCACAGCCCCUGCCGCUGCUGCUCCUGCUGACCUGACGAAAUGGCCUGUGCUGAUGGACGGUGAUGGAGGGAGGGAGGUGCAUGCAAUGCAGGUAGCCCUUGCCAACAGCGGCUUCUACUGUGGUGAAGACGACAUGCGCUGGUGGCAGUUCGGAGACGCCACUUUGACUGCACUCAAGUAUUUCCAGAGCUGCAGCUCCAUCCCGGAGAGUGGAGUGUGCGACGAGCGCACUUGGCGGGCACUUCUGGGGCGGGAGGCCUCCCCGGCAGACCUCUACCUGGUCCGCCUGAACAAGGUCAACAGUGACGAUGAGGACGGCGGCUUCGAUGACGAUAUGGAUGGGAUUAGCCAGGGCCGUGUGUGGCUCCUUGGGGAGCAGCGAUGGGAGCGACGACCCUGAUUAAUCUUUUUCUGUAGUAGAGGUGUUGGGUUGGCUGGUAGGGAUUUCUCAAGUGGGAGGUUGAGGCAGGAAGUGUCACGAGGUGGGCCGGAGGGCCAACUCCGGGAGGAGAGUUUUGGCCGGUUGUGGGGGAGGAGGUCGGGGGGAAGGGAGGAGGAUUAUUCGUGCAGAGCGGAAGAGGAGAGAGAAAGGCGGAAAGAAGCGGGUCGCAACGGUGAGCGGUUAUAACAGGGCUUUAGGGAUUAUGAGGGAAGGCAGGAGGAAGGAGGCACUACAGAGGGUGGCAUUGUGGGAUGAGGUGGGGCGGGAGGUGAAUAGGAUCAGGAGGGUGACUCGGCAACUGGGGGUGAUGGUGAGCUUGCAAUGAUGCAUUUUGUAUCGCCGAUGUCGGUGAUGGCGAUACAGGCCUACAUCACCUCUGCCGAUGGUACUGGCAUGGUUCGUGUAUGUGGGUGGUGUGUGUGUGUAUGUGUGCUGACUCGAUGACGAUGAUGAUGACGGGAUGGAAGUCAGGCAGG